AUGAUGGACCUCGAGACCAAAGCCCACCGUCAAUUCGACGAGAUGGCGCGCCAGGGAGGAAUCCUGUACGAGGACACCCCGGCGGAGCUCUACACACACAAUAAUUUCCCGUUCGAAUUCCGCAUCGUCCCCUACUUCACACGCAAACCCAUCCUCCCCGCCGACGCCUCCCGCCGCACCGCAACGCGCAGCCCCUUCCUGAACCCUCCGCCGGACGAGAUCGUAGCCCACCUAGGCGACGACGACACCCACAUCCUCCUCCUGAACAAAUACAGCUGCUACGCGCCCAGUCUGGUGGUGGUCACGCGCGAGUUCGCCGUGCAGUCCGACGAUCUGGACGCGGCGGAUUUCGCUGUGGCGUGGGCCUUGUUGGGCGAGUUUACCCGCCACGACAUGUUUCUCGUGUAUAACUGCGGGGUCAACUCGGGGGCUUCGCAGGGUCAUAAACAUAUGCAGUUGUUGCCUUUACCGGGGUAUACCUUGUGGCCGAAGGCGGGACUUGAAACCACUACUUCUCCGCCAGGAACUGUUCUCUCUUCCAUACCGAACGUCCCGUUUGUUCAUUUCGUGGCGAGGAUAGAAGACGCAGAUGAUGAUGCUGAUGUGUACGCACUGUACGUGCGGCUGCUUGGGUUAACACGACAGGCCCUCGCCGCGGCGGGCGAUAGUCGCGACUACAAUCUCGCCAUGACGAGGGAGUGGAUGGCGUUGAUCCCGCGGACGACGGCCGGGCCGGAAGGGCCCUGGGGCGCAAAUACGAUGGGCAUGCUGGGCAUGGUUGCCGUGAGGAGCGAGGCAGAGCGCAAGCGAUGGGCGGAGCUGGGGUAUACGCAUUACUUGGCUUGGUUGGGGAUUCCGAUAGACAGUAGUAGUACUCCGUAG